AUGGAAGCAAUGAACAGAGGCUACUCCUCUACUUCUUGUUCCGAUUCCUCCACUUCAGAGUCCACCCCACGAAACAAACCGGGCAGAAUCAAAGGACCAUGGAGUGCUGAAGAAGAUCGGGUCCUGACCCGACUCGUGGAAAAAUACGGGCCCCGAAACUGGUCCUUGAUAAGCCAUUACAUAAAGGGUAGGUCCGGCAAGUCCUGCAGGCUUCGGUGGUGUAACCAGCUUAGCCCCACGGUGGAGCACCGACCAUUCUCGCAGCAAGAGGAUGACAUCAUCUUAGCCGCACAUGCCCAAUACGGUAACAGGUGGGCCAUCAUUGCCCGGUUAUUACCGGGUCGAACCGAUAAUGCUAUCAAGAAUCAUUGGAACUCAUCCCUUAAACGGCGUCGUUCUGUUGUUGCUGCUUCUGCUGCUGCGGAAGACGUCGUCGGGGAUGCUUCUCCGGGAUCUGUGCCAUUGGAGGAUGACCCGUUGACCGAGUUGACACUGGCGACUCCGGGGACCGGUAACGGUGUCGGGGAGGAGAUGGUGGCGGAGCAGCGAAGAGUUUCGCCGGAGGGUGUGCCGGCGGGGUUUUGGGAUGCUAUGCGAGAUGUGAUUGCGAGGGAAGUGAGAGAAUAUGUGUCUCACACGUUUUCUGACAACUUGGGUUUUAAUUGA